AUGCCUCCAUCGAAAACACCUACGGCGCUCAGAGGCGCUGUGCGAGACCUCUACAAGCAGUUACUUUGGAUAGGGCGGGAAUACCCACAAGGAGGGUUGGAGUACUUCCGGCCACGAUUAAAGAAAGCUUUCCUGAAAAACAAGGAGCUAUCAAAGCCCGAGGACAUCGAACAAGCCAUCAAACGAGGAGAGUUUGUUUUGAAGGAACUGGAGGCGCUGUGGUUUCUGAAGAAGUAUCGCCAUGUUAAGCAGAGCUAUUACGACGAAAAGUGA